UUUUUGUUCUUUGGUCGUUUGAAAUCUAUGGCUGACAUGUCCUUUCCUUUUCCUUAUUUUUAAUCGAUUGUGUUGGCGACAUUGAGAACGUGUCUACGCCAUCUUCUAUUCGUUAAAAGUAGGCUAGGGAUUGUACUACCAUGGCACUGAGACUUUUAACUCUUGGGUCGAGACUUAAAGGUCGCCUGAUUCCAUUGGGCUCAGCCGGAAUGCACCACGAAGCGGCACCGGUUGAGGGUACUCGUGAAAUGGUUGGGUAUGGUAUUAACGGGCAGCCAGUUUAUAUGGAUCGUGUAGAUUUUCCAAUGCCCUCUCUUCGAUGGAAGGAGGAGACCCCUGAUGUUUUGGCCUUGAGAGAAAGGGAGAAAGGUGACUGGCGAAAAUUAUCCAUAGAAGAAAAGAAAGCACUCUACAGGGCAUCUUUUUGCCAAACCUUUUCCGAGUUUACUCAUCCGACCGGGGAGUGGAAAAGUGUUUUAGGGUACACAUUUAUAAUUGUAGGCUGCGGAGUUUGGAUGUACAUUUUCAUGAAGUUCUUUGUGUAUGGUCCACUACCCGAUAGCUUUAGUGAAGAAAAUAGAAGAGCCCAACUUAGAAGAAUGCUAGAUUUGAAAGUCAACCCAAUUACAGGGCUGUCAUCCAAAUGGGAUUAUGAAAAGGAUGACUGGAAAAAAUAAGCAUUUUAAAUUUAUAAGAUUGUUGUAAGUUAUAAAAUGUAAAAAUAAGGUCGUUAAUGAUCGACAUUGACUGCCUUAUAAUGGUAGAUAAUAUAAGAGCUGUAAACAUACUUGGUCGUUCAAUUAAAGUUAUUCGGUUUUA